GUCACGGCUAUUGUGGCUGUCCGGGUAUAUAAGGUCCCGCCGGCCGGUCGCGCUCCCCACCUUGCCUGCGCCCGCCCGGAGCCAGCGGUUCUCCACUCACCCCGCAUCCAGUGAGACGCGCCGCGCACCGACGCCGACGGAGCGGACAUGGGCAGAGCGAUGGUGGCCAGGCUCGGACUGGGGCUGCUGCUUCUGGCGCUGCUCCUACCCGCGCAGAUUUAUUCAAAUCAAACAAAUAUAACAGUUGCAAGCAACAGCUCCUCCCAGAGUACCUCGACUGCUCCCAAUCCAGCUAAUACCACCACCACACCAACUGGCGGUGCUCUGCAGUCAACAGCCAGUCUCUUCGCAAUCUCGUUCUCCCUUCUACAGCUCUACUGUUAA